CCCGCUCCUUUCUCUGCGCUCGCCCGCUCGCUCACUCCCUCCCGCCCCCGCCCCGGCCCGUUCCCGGCCCGCAGCCGCGCUCGCUCUCGCUCGCUGGCGGGCGGGGGGCGGGGUGAGAGCGUGGGGCCGCGUCCCCGCAGGAGCCGCUCCCCUCGCGGCCGCAGCGCGAUGAGGCAGCCGCGCCGGGGCCCUGCGGAGCUACCCUGAGCGCCCAGCCCCCGCCCAGCCGGGUAUUGUUCGGCGCCCGUCGCCGCCGGGGAAGUUCUCCGCGCGUCCCGGCUCCGCUCCCGCCGGGGCGGGGCGCGUUGCGGCGCGGCCGGCGGGGGGGGGUCCCGGCCUCUUCGUCGCCUCCUCCCCGACGUGUGGCGGCCGCGGGGGGAGGAGGGGGCGAGGCUCAACAUGAUGGCGGCCGAGCCUGGGGGUGAGGAGAGCGGCUCGGCCGCCUCCGGCGGGACGGCGGGAGCCGGCGGCGGCAGAGCGGAGCCGGGGCACUACUCCGCCCUGUGCCGCGGCAGGGCGCCGGCGCCGCAGGGCUGCUUCCCGGCGGGCUCCGGCGGCGGCAGCCCGGGCGCCGGCCCCCCGGGCGGCCCGGCUUUGUGCUCGGCGCUGGGGCUCCUGGCGCUCGGCUCGGGCCCUGCCCCGCCGGCGUGCGGCGGCGGCGCCCUGGCCGCAGCCGGCCCGGGCCAGGGGCCGGAGGCGGCCCGGGGGGCGCCGCCGCCAGAGCCCGGCUCCACCGUCUUCCCCCCGCUGCCGCCGCCGCCGCAGCCGCCCCCCGUGGCCGGGGGGCUGGGGACCGUGGACGAAGGCGACUCGCUGGACGGGCCGGAGUACGAGGAGGAGGAGGUGGCCAUCCCGCUCAACGCGCCCCCCACGAACCAGUGGUAUCAUGGAAAACUUGAUAGAACAAUUGCAGAAGAACGUCUUCGGCAAGCAGGAAAACCUGGUAGUUACCUUAUUCGAGAGAGUGAUCGGAGACCAGGUUCAUUUGUGCUUUCGUUCCUUAGUAAAGCAAAUGUCAAUCAUUUUAGGAUUAUUGCCAUGUGUGGAGACUAUUACAUUGGUGGACGUCGCUUUGCUUCGCUCUCAGACCUAAUUGGUUAUUACAGUCAUGUGUCUUGUUUGCUGAAGGGGGAAAAAUUACUCUUUCCAGUAGCUCCUCCAGAGCCUGUGGAGGACAGAAGGAGAGUUCGAGCAAUUCUACCUUACACCAAAGUGCCAGAAACUGAUGAAAUAAGUUUCCUUAAAGGAGACAUGUUUAUUGUCCACAAUGAGUUGGAAGAUGGCUGGAUGUGGGUUACAAACCUACGGACAGAUGAACAAGGUCUUAUUGUAGAAGAUCUGGUAGAAGAAGUGGGAAGAGAAGAAGAUCCACAUGAAGGCAAAAUGUGCCAGAGCCUUGGGGGUCACCACAACCAAAUAAGAGAGCUGAUAGUCUUGCUUUCUAAUUUUUCCUCUUCAUCUUUGUUAAGAUGGUUCCAUGGGAAGAUCUCCAAACAAGAGGCUUACAAUUUGCUGAUGACAGUUGGUCAAGUGUGCAGUUUUCUUGUGAGGCCUUCAGAUAAUACACCUGGUGAUUAUUCACUUUAUUUUCGGACUAGUGAAAAUAUUCAGCGUUUUAAAAUAUGUCCAACAUCAAACAAUCAGUUUAUGAUGGGAGGCAGAUAUUAUAAUAGUAUUGCUGACAUCAUUGAACACUAUAGAAAAGAACAGAUUGUUGAAGGAUAUUACCUUAAAGAUCCUGUUCCAAUGCAGCAUCAAGAACAAGUGCUUAAUGAUACAGUGGAUGGAAAAGAAAUCUACAAUACAAUUCGUCGCAAAACAAAGGACGCUUUUUAUAAAAAUAUUGUCAAAAAAGGUUAUCUUCUAAAGAAAAGUAAAGGAAAGAGAUGGAAAAAUUUGUACUUUAUAUUAGAGGGAAAUGAUGCCCAGCUUAUUUAUUUUGAAAGUGAAAAACGAGCCACAAAACCCAAAGGAUUAAUAGACCUUAGUGUGUGUUCUGUGUAUGGAGUACAUGACAGCUUGUUUGGCAGGCCAAACUGUUUUCAGAUAGUAGUUCAGCACUUUAGUGAAGAGCAUUACAUCUUCUACUUUGCAGGAGAAACUCCAGAACAAGCACAGGACUGGAUGAAAGCUCUGCAGAUGUUUUGCAGUUUAAGAAAAACCAGUCCAGGGACUUCAAAUAAGCGUCUACGUCAGGUCAGCAGUCUUAUUUUGCAUGUAGAAGAAGCUCAUACGCUCCCUGUAAAGCAUUUUACUAAUCCGUAUUGUAACAUCUACCUGAACAGUGUCCAGGUAGCAAAAACACAUAUCAGGGAAGGGCAGAACCCUGUAUGGUCAGAAGAAUUUGUCUUUGAUGAUCUUUCAUCUGAUAUUAAUAGAUUUGAGAUAAGUCUUAGUAACAAAACAAAGAAAAGUAAAGAUCCAGAUAUAUUGUUUAUGCGUUGCCAAUUAAGCCGAUUACAGAAAGGACAUGCAACAGAUGAGUGGUUUCAGCUCAGUUCCCACGUACCAUUAAAGGGUAUUGAGCCAGGAUCUUUGCGUGUUAGAGCACGAUAUUCUAUGGAGAGGAUCAUGCCAGAAGAGGAGUACAGUGAGUUUAAAGAGCUUAUACUCCAAAAGGAGCUGCAUGUAGUCUAUGCCUUAUCACAUGUUUGUGGACAGGACAGAACACUGUUGGCAGGCAUUUUAUUGAAGAUUUUUCUUCAUGAAAAGCUUGAGUCGUUGUUGUUACGAACACUAAAUGACAGGGAAAUAAGCAUGGAAGAUGAAGCUACUACCUUGUUUCGUGCCACCACUUUAGCAAGUACGCUUAUGGAGCAGUAUAUGAAAGCCACAGCAACACGUUUUGUUCACCAUGCACUGAAAGACUCUAUAUUAAAGAUAAUGGAGAGCAAGCAGUCCUGUGAGUUAAAUCCCUCGAAGUUGGAAAAAAAUGAAGAUGUAAACACUAAUUUGGCACAUCUUCUCUGUAUACUGUCAGAAUUGGUGGAGAAAAUAUUCAUGGCUGCAGAGAUACUGCCUCCAACACUGAGGUAUAUUUAUGGAUGCUUGCAGAAGUCUGUUCAAAACAAGUGGCCAGCUAACACCACCAUGAGAACCAGAGUUGUUAGUGGCUUUGUUUUUCUUCGACUGAUUUGUCCUGCUAUCCUGAACCCAAGGAUGUUUAAUAUCAUCUCAGAUUCUCCUUCCCCUACUGCUGCAAGAACACUGACGCUGGUCGCCAAGUCUGUGCAGAAUUUAGCAAAUCUGGUUGAAUUUGGAGCCAAGGAACCGUAUAUGGAGGGUGUAAAUCCAUUCAUCAAGAGUAACAAACAUCGCAUGAUCAUGUUCUUAGAUGAGCUUGGGAAUGUUCCUGAGCUUCCAGACACUACAGAGCACUCUAGAACUGACUUAUCUCGUGAUCUGGCAGCCUUGCAUGAGAUAUGUGUGGCACACUCGGAUGAACUUCGAACACUCAGUAAUGAGCGAGGUGUAAUGCAGCAUGUUCUUAAGAAGCUGUUGGCUAUUACAGAACUGCUUCAACAAAAACAAAAUCAGUAUUCAGUGUCUAACAACAUUAGGUAGCAGCCCUCUACCUGAAUUCUGCAUGGAUCCAGCAUGCCCAACAUGGCAACUCACACCAGUAUCACUUUCUUCUUGCUCUUGCCAAAAAUAGCACACCCUGUCACAUUCCCAGUGAUGUGUGAACUAUGCAAAAAGAAAACAAAGAUUCUGUUGGUGAAUGAUUGUACCAGCAGCUUUUUAAGCUAUCUGUGCAGGACACUUGCACUUUUUUCCACUUGGAACAAAUUUUCACAACCUCUGAGCCUUGGUGUACAGUUCACCUUCUGCAAAGAAAAUGCUGUGACUGUGUCUUGAACUUUGAAAAUUAUUUUCAGCACCUCCAAUUGCCAAAGUUUUGCUGUCUUGUUGGAAAAGAAUUAUAAACUGACAAGGAAAGAAAUGCAUUGUUUUGACAGCUGCAUAUAACUGGAUAACACUUUUUACUGUAAUUUCUGACUGUUUCCAAUUAUUAUGACUUUGACUGUUUUGACCACUUUAACUUGUAUUUACAGUUUCCAGAGUUUGAUGUUAUGGUAGGAACAAUCUUUGCAGUACACUUUUUAUACCAUGCUGUUUCUCUUGCUGGAAUCAUGUUGAAAGAGAAUAUGCAGAAUGGGUCUUGACAGCUUUAUUUUUUAAUGUGCCACUGAUUCAGUCUGAAUAAUUCUUCCAUCAAGGACUGUAUAUCCAGAUAAAAUCACAAUGCUUUUGUAAAAUGUUUACAACAGUAAAUAAUUUGAAUUCAGUAAAUUUAUUGAUCAUUGUAUCAGAUGUGCAUGCAUUCAUUAAACCAUUUUAUAAAAUA